AUGGAAACCCCUGUGGCGGAGGAGGUCACAGUGCCGACCACCAUCCCCGAGGCAUUUCUUGCUCUUGCCAAAGAGGCGCGCGAGUUGUACGUGCCCCAAGAGGUCCGGCGGAUACAGCAUGCGCCCUCUCCGCUCGAGUUCUACCGGGAGCACGUGGCGUCCAACCUGCCCCUCAUCAUAGAAGAGGGUGCCACACACUGGCCAGCACUGACCAAGUGGACCAAUGCCUAUCUCACCGACAAACUCAAGGACGUCGGUCACGGUUGA